GUCUACCUCAAGGAGUCUAGCCACUGCAGACUCCCUGAACUGACGCUUGCCAGCAGCGGAGUCCUGACUAAAAGGUUACCGACACCAGCAGGAGGCGCCGCGGCCCGCACGUCAGUGUGAACAACAAGCCUGGUGUGGAAUGGUGGGCUUCCAGUCAUUCCUGUAAACAUUUUGUCUCCUCUUCCAAGCCAUCAGAUUAUCAUGUUGUGUCAGAGUGUCCUGGUGGCGGCGGCGGCGAUGGCGUCGCUGUGUUUUGGCAUGGAUGUCCUUCACUCACAACGCCAGGAACCAGUUUGCCCCUCCCAGCACUCCUGCUCCUCCCGCGGCACAUCUAAUGCCUCCUCCCAUCUCGAGUGUUCCUGCGACGCCAGAUGCAGGGAGCACGGGGACUGCUGCCGCGACUCUCAAUAUUACAGUGUAGAUGAGCAGAGGAGGAACGUGCACGAGUACGUGUGUGUCGCAGAUACGCUGGCAGAGAAUCACGUGUACGUAAAGGUCAAGUGUGCGCAAGACUGGAACAACACCGAGGUGCAGGCGCUCUGUAUGAGGGGAAACACAAUACAGGACACUAUUCACGAUGUCCCCGUUACCAGUUGGUUUGGGGAUUCCUAUGCCAACGCUUACUGCGCUGUCUGUAACGGCGAGGACCCAACAGAUUUUAGGAGAUGGAACGUCUACAUGGUGUGUGACGCAGUGCCAGUCCUUCCACUUACCAGCAGUGACGACUAUGACAUUAUGUUCAAUGAAGGAAGGUGGGGCGUCAUUCCUCGUGGUUUACGGGAUGCCUCAGCCUUCACGCCCUGCCGCACCCACUUUGUAGUGCCCCAAAAUUUCCGCCGUGACACCAGACGGUGCCUGCCCACAGUGAAGACUUGCAGCGAUGCACGGGCAGACCAACACGAUCUCUCCUUGUGUGAGUCUUACACCGCCGCUGUUUAUCAUGAAGACUUCAUAUUCAGGAACCAGCACUGCGCCUCCUGCAAUGGUUAUAAACAGUCUAGUUGUGUACAGCCUACUGCUGCUGCUGCUCUUCCUCCUGCUCGCCCUGCGCUCACCAUGCUCUUGAGUUUGGAGAACAAUCACAUAGACGCAGUUGAUACUUGUAGCGUUUGGGAAGUGAAGGACCGGAGUGAAGAAUGCAGACCGAUCACUUGCCUUCAACUAAAUGAAGAGUUUCGUUACAGCAAGUGUGUCUCCGUGCAAGACGGCAGAGGGUUCUCCUGCGACGCCACCUGCAGGAAGUACGGAGACUGUUGUCGCGACUCUCAAUAUUACGAUGCGGCUGAACAAACGAAGAACGUCAAUGAGUAUGAGUGUGUUGACGACCCUUUGUAUGAUGGAGUAAAUGUGUACAUGAGAGCCAAGUGUUUGGAGAAAUGGAACAAUACUGAGGUGCAGGCGUUAUGUCUGAUGGGAAACACACAAACUGGCGAUUCCAAGCUGUUCCCCGUCAUCAGCACCACCACUGCCACCACCUACGUCAACCAUUACUGUGCCCUCUGUAACGGGGAGGAAACAGCCUCUCUCAGGAUGUGGCAACUUCUAAUGGAAUGCCAAAAUGAAGGUGCAUCUAACGAAGAUUAUAAUGUUGGGUUCCAUGAAGGCCAGUGGGGCAUCAUAACACCUAGCCUGGGUCUUUCAUCAUUCCAGCCUUGCUUCUUUAGUCUUCAGAUCCCUAAUGAUUUGUGGAACUACACCAAACCAUGCCUAACCAUUGUGAAAACCUGCAGUGACUUAGGAGUAAACCAACGCGAUCAGAUCUUAGGUCAGUCUUACACUGCUUUUGUGUAUCAUGAAAACUUCACAUUUAGGAACCAGCAUUGUGCCUUCUGCAUGCUAGAAUUACUCGUUAAAGCACCUGUACCACCAAUUGUCAUCUUACUGCUCGACUUUUCAGACACCUGUGGCCGUGUUGGACAUGAAUGUCGCUGCAACUCUGAGGAACUAUGGGAUAAAUGGUUUAAGAAAUGUAUGAAGGCCUUUUGUUCAAAACCAAAUGAAAAGUUCCACAUCGACAAGUGUGUUCCCCAUUAGCACGACACCUGUGUGUGUCACGCCCUCCCAUCCACCCCACACAGCCUGCAUUUUACGCUGUUAGUUGCAUUAGUGAUUAUUUUUUGCUAAUACUAAAAAGAAUUCAUGUAACUUUGUAAUGUUGCAUGGUCCCUCUUCCUGUCAGCCGUUACUAUAUUACAUCUCACACUUUAGAUUAGGCAUUGUAGUUUAUCACAUUUUCGUAUUGUCCAACACGUCCGCUGGUGUUUAUAAUUCAUUUGUUUAUCAGUAUCACUUGUUGAGUAAAGUAGCAGUGAACAGGGAGGGGCAUGUUCGUCCACAAACAUGCCAGUCAGUGCUGAACACAGCAGCUGGGGCAAACCCUUCAGCGUCCGCUCCAUCACAGUUAUGAAGAGUAGCUUAUUCGUGAUAACUGCCUCAGGUUGCUGUUGUCUGAGGCAGGGCGGACAGACGGCCGGGCCCUUGUGUGCCGUCACUCAACAACAAGCUAGCACGCCACCACUCGGUACUCGGUACGGUGCCCGCAUAUGUAGAAAUUUUGUUCCUAAAUGCCAAUUGUUUUGUUCGCCACUCAAUAGAUCCUAAUUAUUUUGUUCAUCACUCACUUGAUGUCACUUUUCUUUUUUUUUUUUUUUUUUUUUUUUUUUUUUUUUUUUUUUUACUAGAUACCAAUUUUUUUUUUUUUUUUUUUUUUUUUUUACUAUAAAAGAUACCAAUAAGAUACCAUUGUUUUGUUCGUCAUUCACUUGAUGUAAAUUGCUUUGUUCAUCACUCAUGCACUGAAUGUCAAUUGUUUUGUUCGUCACUCACUUAAUGUCAACUGUGUUGUUCGUCAUUCACUAGAUGCCAAUAAAGUCAAGAGCUGAAUGGCUAGAGUUGUAUAAUGACCAUGAUAUCUUCCAUGUGGCGGGACAAACAAGCUGCGCCACAAAACGUACUUCAAACUGUUUUCACUUUUCCGUUGGACUCCUUUGACCACAACUUCGUUCAAAUUUCUCUGAAGU